AUGGCACAAAGAGGGCGCGUAAAUGAUCCUAUAGCGGAAAAAUCACUGCGAUUUCUCCAUUUUCACUAUGGUCAGUAUUAUAAUUAUUUCUACUUCUUUGCAGUGUAUUUGCAACGAAAAGGAAUCGACAUUAACAAAUAUCGGCCGUUAAUACGUUUCAAUCCAGACAAGGUUCAACUCGUGCCCAAAAAUCCAGUAAUUCCAGGAUGUAUUAAAAUUAAAGCUGAAGGUGUGGAAAUCUUACGACCAAUACGAAAUCUCGUUGCUGAAGUAGAGUUACGAAUCGGCGGUACUCCAGAUCCUUCCAAUCCCACGCUUCCAUGCUCGAAGAAAAUUGACGAAAAAGUCAACCAAUGUCCGUGCUCAAAACUCGAAGGAACUUGUGUGUUCUGCGAUUUCUGCAAGCAACUAAAAGCUCAGUCAGCAAAAAUUUCCACUUCGAAGCAUUAUUCAGCUCACAAAAGCAUUGACAACGAUUGCAAAUGCGAUGAAAUGCUUCCUGGAUUGUAUGAUAUCGAGACGGAGAUGUGCACCCCAGAAGUUGAUGACGUCAAAGACUACAUUCCUCCAGAGAUACAGUCCAAUAUCCUUGACAAGAGACCAAUUUCUAUGUUCAUUACUGUAUAUCUAAUGGAUCUCGAGCCUAGAAACGAGUCGUACCUCUCAGCAUUCGGUCGCGCCAUCCUUCAAAGAAGAAUGGCACAAAGCACAGUUGCUUGUUUUCUUCUUGGAAUUGAUGUGAAGCUUGCCUUACCUCAGUUCAAUUAA